AUGAGUGCCAGGGCGCCAAAGGAGCUGAGGCUGGCGCUGCCGCCGUGUCUCCUCAACCGGACCUUUGCUUCCCCCAACGCCAGUGGCAGUGGCAACGCAAGUGCCCGUGGUCCGGGUGCAGGCAGUGGCACCUGCAUUACGCAGGUGGGACAGCAGCUCUUCCAGUCCUUCUCCUCCACGCUGGUGCUGAUUGUCCUAGUCACCCUCAUCUUCUGCCUCAUCGUGCUGUCCCUCUCCACCUUCCACAUCCACAAGCGUAGGAUGAAGAAGCGGAAGAUGCAGAGGGCUCAGGAAGAAUACGAGCGGGAUCACUGCAGUGGCAACCGUGGCAGCAGGGGGCUGCCCCCAGCGGGCGACCAGGCCCCUGCCCCUGUAAAAGAAACCCGGCUGGAGAGGCAGUCCCGGGACUCCGCCUUCUGUGACCCCUCCAACGCCUCCUCCUCCCCUUUGUCCCCUGGCCUCCCGUGCCAGGGUCCCUAUGCUCCUCCGCCUCCGCCACCGGCCCCCAGUCCUCAAGGAGCACAUACAGCCUCCUCCUGUUUGGACACAGCUGGCGAGGGCCUUUUGCAAACAGUGGUACUGUCCUGA